AUGUCUCAGAAACAGUAUAGUGCAGAUGAGGCUUACAAACUGCUGUGCUUAGACAGUGAGCUGUCUGAUAAAGCUGAUAGUGAUGUCAGUUUCUGUGGUUUUGAGGAGAGCGACACAGAGAGCUCUGACAGUAGUGUGCACGCUGGACGAUUAUCAAAGAGGUGCAGAACCACCAAACCACAAAAUUCUGACACGCCUAACACCAGCAGAGAUGUCACAACUACAAGUGCACCAAGUUCAGACACGUCUAGCACCAGCAGAGAUGUCACAACUACAAGUGCACCAAGUUCUGACACGCCUAGCACCAGCAGAGAUGUGCUAACUACAAGUUCACCAAGUUCUGACACGCCUAGCACUAGCAGAGACGUGCUAACUACAAGUUCACCAAGUUCUGACACGCCUAGCACCAGGAGAGAUGUCACAACUACAAGUGCACCAAGUUCUGACACACCUAGCACCAGCAGAGUUAUACCAACUUCCAGCAGAGAGGCACAAGUGCCUGAAACGCUCCCUCAAAUUGCCUCUCUGAAUUGGCAACCCCCAAGUACAGGCAUCCCAUUUGUCCCAGAAUUUAAUGCUGUACCAGGUAUUACACAGGAUGUAACUGGAAAUGACCCACUACAGUUUUUUCAGCUGUUUUUACCGGACAACCUUUUUGAGCUUUUUGCAAAAGAGACAAAUUUAUAUGGUGCUCAAUAUAUUUCAAAUAACCCCUCCUCUUACUAUGCCCGGCCUGGACAAUGGACACCCACAAAUGUGGAAGAAAUGAAAAUUUUUUUGGCCUUAACAUUUGCAAUGGGUAUCAUAAAAAAAACUACAAUACCGUCUAAUUGGGAGGCAAGUCCCAUCCAUAGCACCCCAAGUUUUGCAACUGUUAUGUCCAGACAGCGAUAUGAAAUACUCCUCAAGUUCUUCCAUUUCAAUGACAACAGUCAGUGCCCCUCAAAUUCUUCUCCGGAUUACGACUGGUUAUAUAAAAUUAGGCCGCUUCUAAAUUAUCUGUCAGAAAAAUGUUUAACUGUUUAUACCCCCUCUGAAAAUGUCUCAGUUGAUGAGUCACUUGUAAAAUUUAAAAGAAGGUUACAUUUCAAGCAAUUCCUUCCAUCCAAGUGGGCCAGAUAUGGCAUCAAACUUUACAAGUUGUGUGAAAGCACAACAGGUCACACUUCUGCAUUUCAAGUGUACCAAGGGAGGGACAACAAAUUAAACCCCCAAGGAUGCCCAGCUGGUUUUGGAAUAAAUGCAAAAGUUGUCUGGGAACUAAUGGGUCCACUGUUACAAAAGGGAUACAAAUUAUUUAUAGACAAUUAUUACACAAGUAUUCCCCUUUUCCAAAGCCUGCAAGAAGCAAAUAUGGGAGCAUGUGGCACAUUCAGGAGAAAUCGCAGAGGUUUUCCACAAUCCCUGCUGGCAAAAAAACUACAAAGAGGACAAUCUGAUGCCCUUUAUAGUGGCAACCUGCUGGCACUACGCUACAAGGACAGAAAAGAUGUACUUAUGCUAAGCACGAUUCACACAGAAGCCACAGUGCCAAUAAGAGAAAGGGGAUCAACCACGAAUAUACAAAAACCGACUUGCAUACUAGAAUACAAUAAGUACAUGGGGGGCACUGACCUGUAUGAUCAGGUACUUAAACCAUACGAGGUAAUGUGCAAGUCCUAUGUAUGGUAUAAAAAGUUAUCUAUCUAUUUGCUACAGAUGGCAAUGUACAACUCCUAUGUGCUGUACAAAAAGUCUGGGGGAACACAAACAUUUCUUUGCUAUCAAGAAAUAGUUAUUGAGAAAUGA